AUGUGCCGAACCACCGGUAUUUCAGAAUUGAGCGGCCAGAAAAUUCUAGUAGGAAUAGUCACUUUACUGUUGUUACUGGGAGAUUGUAGAUCUGCCCCCUUCAACGAUGAUGUUGGCGUCAUUAUGGCAAUAAACGAUGACCUCGACCUCAGCACCGGCGCAUUCACAACAACAAGACAUGGACGACGAGACCUGGUGGACAAUGCCACUACUCCAUUAUUAAUGGUUACAAAUCACAGUCAUUGUAGUUCUGUGGGCACAGAACCGUCGACUCCUCUUCAACGCCAGUUUUUGGCCUUGUCGGCACCAGAACAACGAGAGUUGUGUUUUCACAAUGCCACUCAUGUGUACGCCGAGUUUAGCAAGAUGGAAGGUUGUGGCAAUAAUAUGCAAAACAUUACCACUUGCACCUGGAGAUUGCAAUGCUCGUAUUACGAUAGUGCCGAGGUUUGCGGUCUUUCCAUUGACCAAGGGCUAGCCGAGUACAGUGAAAACUGUUUAGUGUUGGCAUCGGCGCUGUCCACCGAGGGAACGACGUAUGACUGGCUCUCGGAGGAUUACUGUGACCUGGAUGGCGAGCGGACAAACGUUACUACUGGACAAACGACGGGGACGACGAUGCCUAGUACUGCGCCAACUGCGAAACCUUCCAUCAUGCAGUUAGACGACGCCCCCGAAGGUGGCAACGACGGGAGACCACCACAAGGUGAAGAGGAAUCUAGUACUGAUAGCAGUAGCUCCAGAAGUCGCAAACACGGUGUCAUGGUCAGAAUCGUGCUGGUCCUCAGCGCAUGCCUACUAUGGUAA